AUGUGCGGCAUCAAACAAAUCGUCGACCAGUGCAGAACCUGCUACGGCAUCAUCUCCAAAGAAGAGAUCCCCACCAUAUGCCACAAGAGAACGUGGACACUGCCCGAAACCUUCGGACACGCAAAGGCAUACUGUCCAGACCAAGGAAGGGUGUACCUCGACAAGAAGCCAAGAAUCAACCAGUGCCCGCGAUCAGAGAGCAGUCUGGGCACUCGCUCGCUGUCGCACUGUUUGGACCAAACCCGAUCGACGAGCCCUUGGCAGAACACCAGUGUCCUCAAUUUACCGGCUGAGAAGGAGCCAAAAAGCGUGGCUGGGAAGGUGAAGGGGUUCUUUGGUAAGUGUCUUUUCAAGGUGAUUCCUGAGUUCGGUAGGUCCUCGCAGUCUCCUUCGUCUUGGGCGGCACUCGAUCAAUGGGAGGAUAUUUGUGGUGAUGAGGGUAUUGCAGACAAGAAGAAGAAAAAGAAAAAGGAUGUGUCUAUACCAACAGUGACGAGGGUGUAA